AGCUUUUCAUCCUUCAGCCUGAUUCAGAGAGAAACCUGCAGAGGGAACGCAGCAGCAGCAUCUGAAGAUCAGCUGACUGAUGAUGAGACGUCUCUCUGCGGAGGAGUAUUGAUCGUCAUCGGACCGUUCAGGUCACAUGAUGAGACCAUAUUUAUUGAUCACAGCGUCAUCACUCUCUGUAGACGACUAUUGAUCACAGCAUCAUCGGACGGCUCAGGUCACAUGAUGAGCGCCGCCUUCUCUUCUUCCUUCAUGGAUCAGCGUCCGUCAGUGUUCGGCCCCGGCGGCGCUCUGCAGCGCUUCAGUCUGCCUCCCUCUGCUGGUCGCUGUGAGGACCGCGGCGUCCCCUUCAUCCUCUACCCCUCCAGCAUGGGGGCCCCUCUGAGGGGCCCCGGCCCCGGCCUCCUGCCAUACCUGGCCCCCUUCCACCACCACGGACACUUCAGCGUGUACGAGUGUCCCUUCGAGCCGGCCUUCAUCCAGAAGAGGAACGAGCGCGAGCGUCAGCGGGUGAAGUGCGUGAACCAGGGUUACGCCAAGCUGAGGGAGCACCUGCCGGGUCAGAGCGCCGACCGCCGCCUCAGCAAGGUGGAGACGCUGCGCGCCGCCAUCAGGUACAUCAAAUACCUGCAGGGGCUGGUGCAGUCGCCCGGCUCGGAGUCUCCAGCAGCAGACUGUGGAGGAGAACCUUCACCUGCAGGAGGCGCUCAGGAGCUCACCUGUCUGACCUGAACUGGAGACUUUUCAUCUUUUCUGUUCAUCAAACACCAGAAACAAACAGUUCAGUCGUCCUUAAAGGAGAAACAUUAUUACUCUGAACUUGAGGACUCGUCGGGUUUUGAGCAGCAGGCUGCAGGAAACGAGCCUCCGAACCUUCAACAUAAUGAACUUUUGUUAAAUAUGUUGUGAAGACAGAAGUAACUGAGAACACUGAAUACAGUUUGGUGUUGAACGAAUGACAAACAGCAACCAGAGCUGCAGCUGACGACUCUUUUCAUUAUUGAUUAAUCUGUGGAUCAUCUUCUUGAUUAAUUGAGUUGUUUAUGUACCAGCAGCCUUUGUGUGAAUUAUGGGACUUGUGGUUUCUUACUGGAGCUUUACUGGGAGAAUCAGCUGACAGCUUCACUAUAAUACAAGAUGUGAGAAAAUAAAACAAAUUUAAUCCCAGAAGAAGAAAACGAUCGGUUGAAGAUGUUCCUCUUAUUGUUUGUUUAUUUCAUGUGGUCGACGUUAAAGUCACAGCAGUUAUUUUAAGUUUUAUUGUCUUUGUUGUACGAAACAGUUUGAGUUCAGCUUCAGUUCAUUUCCGUAGAUUUCUCACUGAUAGUUUAUAAAAUCCUGUUUGUUUAGUCUUUUUCUUUUUGUGUUUCUUCAAUUCAAUCAAAACUUUAUUUGCAACAAAACAUGAUUUUAUCAUUCUGAGAUGACAAAAUGUAAAAAUACACAAUAAAUAACAGUAAAUACUGAAAUGAGCACCAGCUGAGCUUCUUCAGCUUCUGUCUUUUAUGUUUCAGAUAAACGUCACAGAAAACGACUCAUAAAUCAAGAAGAU